AUGAAGGUGCCUUCAAACAAGAAAAUCUUCAAGUCGUUCGUUUGGAGCGGGGAGGACCAUUCAUUUGGUGGAUCUCAUUGUGGCCGAGCCGUGCCACCCAGUGGACUCAACCCGUCCUCGCGUCGAGUGCAAAGAAGAAAUCAUCAGCAGUGGUGUCAACCAUCAUUCCCCUCAUCCACCCAUUCUUUCACCACAUCAAAUUUCAUUUCUCACUCCAAUUCUCCACUCGAAUCCCCAACGGUGGCCCCUUUGAUCGGCAGUGGUGGGCCGUGGAUGGCGGCGAGAGGGCCAAGACCCUCGCCUUUUCCAUCACCCACGAGACCGCUGCAAUUGUUGCUUCAUGAAUUGUGUCCAUUGCUGAGUGCUCAUCUACAAUUGGACGAUAGUCCGGAUGGAGGGCAAAUCAAGAGAUUGCUGACAAAUGUGAUCGAAAGCUCUGAGCAAAUUAUUGCUGAACUUGAGCAACUUGCUACAACCGAUUUGUCGAAAUUCGAAUCAGAAUGGGCGUCUUUGACUUGGCCUUGUCUCACCGUAGCUUCAUUGUUACGAGACAAUCCAGGAGACAGAGAACUAAGCGAACUUGAGGAACGGGUGAACGUAUUGGUAGUUUCGUUGGUGAACGUGUGGAGAAAUCCGCUCGCAAUCGACUCAAAUCAUCCAGAGAACAUCUAUUUAUGGCAACAAUUCAAUACGUAUUUGACCUCAGCUCUCCAGUCAAUUCAUUCCCUUUACUCGAGAAGCGAUCUGCACAACGCUCUUCACGAAAUAAACACGUUUCGACAAAAUGAGUUGGCGAUAUGUCUUGGAUCGUUUAAGCAACUUUGUCUAAACUAUUCAAAAGAAGUACUGACAACGGUGAGAGAAUGUCAAGUGGAACGGGUUUCCCUUUGCCAUCAAAUCCCAGCUGACGUGGUUUACCGAGCCGAGACCUAUUACUCGAAAAUUCUCUAUUGCAUGAGCAUCAUAGCAGCUCGAUUGCAGGGUUUCCGCUAUUGGCCUUUCGGUGGUUCGGAUCCGAUUCGACCGUUAAUCGAUUCCGUUUCAAUAGUUGUUGAGCAGUUGCUAGCUGAAUGUCUAUUCUGUAGCGAGCCAACAGCAUCUCCGAUUUUGGUCACCAAUAAUUUAUUCCCAUUUCGAUCGGGUUGUCUAGCAAGAGGACCUGUUUUUUCAUCAUUCACCGUUCAAAUUAUUGGAGAGGAAACCGCGCAAACCAUACAGGAAGAGAUUCGUAAUGCUGUUACCGGUGGCCGUCCUCCAUCAUCAGUUCUUGGUGGCUCGAAAAGUUUCCCUUCAGCUGCACUCCUCGCAAUGAAGCCAACUUCGGGAACAAAGAGAAACAACUCCACUGCAAAUGCAGAAGGUGGAAACACCGCUCAUAAGAAGUCCGACGUGAACUCGAAAGAAGCUGUUCAAUUGGGAGCAACUUUUUCGGAUAAACACGCCACUUGGACGGCUUCAUAUCCACAUUUAUUAUGCACGACAAGGCAAAAGGAUUCCGCUUUGUUGGACGUGAGGUCGAAUCAAAUUGGGAAACGAUCACUUUUCUAUUUUUAUAUUAAAGGUACAAUGUUUUCCUUGCGAGAACAACCGGCGCAUGUUUACACUUUGAGUCUUCCAUUCACGAUUGCAACAAGGAGAAAUCAGGAUUGUCAAGUUCAACGAAUGAUGUCCUCUUAUACAGCUACUUGUUUUUGGUUAUACGGCACUUGUUCUCUAGACGGUCUUGUAUUGAAAUGGACUGAAGCUGAUAUUUCGUGGCAGAACUUUAAAGAGUUGUACAAGGCUCAUUUCAGAUCGACGGCUGAGGUAGCACGUGACCUUUCUGAGGCGGAUUUCCACUUGUUAGAGCAAAAGAUGUGCUGUGAGGAGUGUGAGCCAAAUGAGAGGAUCUUUCAGCAAGAACCAGUGAUGGUAUCAUUCAAGAAUGUCAUGUGUCCCCAUCUCCGAUAUGAAUCCAGCGACGUUUCCUCGAAAUUCAGCAUUUGGAGGGGAUUACUUGAGCUUUUACAGUUCUUCCAAGACGCAAAAACGAACACAAAAGCUUUAUGGGAUGACAAUUAUUUGUUGGGAUUUUUAGACUGCGAUCGAGCAAGAGCUUUGGUGACCUCUCAUCAACCACCAGUGUUGUGUCUUUAUUUGUCCUAUGCUGGAGGAGGAGCCAUAUGUUUUGUAAUGAAACGAGCCAACGGUCAAGUGAUUCAUUUGGAGCCGCUGGACUUGAAGAAAUUGCAGACAAAAAGCCUUAACGAGUAUGUCACUGAUAUUGCUGUUGCGGAAAGGAUCAAUUAUCUUGUUAAUGCAAAUGGUCGCCUUGUGUCAAUCAAUGAAAUAGCAAUGAAAUAUCGAGCUGGAGUCGAGGGAAGGCCUGGGAAAGAGGUUUCCAGUAAUGUCACUCAUCCUGGAUCGACUCAACUGAUGAAUCCAAUGAGUUUCACCCCGGUUCGCAUUGCCGUAGUGACUUGUGAUGAAGAACUCCCACGAGAGGAGAACAAACCGGAAAACGGGAACAGAAUUGGUCUAGACUUGACCUCAAAUGUACCCUUUGUAACUCCAAUGGGGAAUCCCAAUCAACUUGGAAACACUCCCAUCACACCGGCUAGCUAUUGUUCUCAUGUACUCUCAACGACGCAUCUCGGAUCGAAUCAAGAUUUCCUUCUUCAAUUGCGACAAUUGAUGAAGAUACAUGGGAAAGAACCGGAAGAAGUCUUCUCUCAUCUCCAAUAUCUCACUUACUCAAACGGGAACUCGACAAUGCAAGAGACAUCGAAUGGUGCCUAUAAUCUUGGGAUU